AUGUUGAUAAGUGGUACUGUCGCCUCUCGUGUGCAAGGGAUGUGCAAAACCAUGUGUCCAGAUGCUGAAAUUCGUUUCCGUUGUUCCAAUGGUAUGAUUCAUCCUCUAGAAAAAUGCGAAGUUGGAAGGAGGAAUCGCAAGUUUGUAAAGGAAUAUGCUCGACCUGCUGCUGGACGUGAUCAUCUCCAUCCGGAAUGUCUUCGGCCUCCAGAUAUUCUCAUAGAAACCGUCAGAUAUUUAAUGGAAGUAUACGAAGAAGAGAAGAACAUACGUUUUGCUUGCGUCUAUGCGUUUAUGUGUGACCGUUUGAGAGCUGUUAGACAGGACAUGAUCCUUCAAGUUGUCUUGCCUGUGGAUACAGUUCGGAUUCUACAAGAAAUGAUACCAUUUUAUUUUGAAAGUGAUUAUUUAUGCAGGACGAAGGGUUGCAGUUCAUAUGACUGGAAAUUACACUUGACUUCACUAGAAGAAUGUCUUUCAAGAUGGAAAGAGGCCUUACCUUACGUGCCGAAGGAGCUUAUCUGUCCAAGAACAUUGUCCACACUCUGUAUAGCCUAUAAAUCCACUCAAAUGAGGGUUCCUAUUUCUGCAAUGACUCAAUGGCUUUAUUAUCCUGAUACUUGUGAUCUCAUCGCUCUUCUUUCAUGUUGUUCCGUUGCUCAAGCAGAUUCUAUUCUGGUUUCUUCUAUAAAUCUGAACGCACUUGAGAGUGAAGAAUCUAAGAAAGCCAUGGAAGCAGUGGUAAUGAUCUCAGAUAUAGCUUGGAUUCCUCGAGGAGUUGCGAAGAAGAAUCCGGAUAAAGUGAAGUUGGACGAGGAACAACUGAAGAAACUCAUUUCUGGUGGGUUGCUCAAUACUUACUUAUUCUCUGAUAACUUGUUUUCUCAUUUUAUUUGCUGCAAAGGUUUAGAUACUAUCUCACAGAUCUAA